AUGUCAGACGUUGGUUCCUUGGUAGCAUUGCUCCCCCACGAAUCCGAGGACACGGAAGAGGAUCCAGAAACACAUGCAACUGCCCGGGAGUUCGUCGACUACACGGAAUACCUUCCCAGCGACAUUCGCCGCUCCAUCGAACUCCUACAAUCCCUCCACGAACAAUAUGACUACUACACAGCCCAGCUCCAAACACUCACAAAGGAGUUUAGGACUCUCCAGGCGGAGCUUCCCGUAUCCAAUGGUUUUGCUCGCACGGUAACGGACAAGGAGCUGGAGUUGCGACUGAGGAUCUCCCGCGCCAUGAACGCCGCCCUCCGAGCGCGUCAGGAAAGCACAGCGGAGUCCAUAAAAAUGCACCAGAACGUCGAUCGCCACUACUCCCGAGCCGUCGCGAUACGGUCCAAAUUAGACGAGAUCACGAUACCUUCCCGCGACCCCACUCCCGUGUCGCCGCGAAAGCCCCGAGUCAAGGAGAAGCCCGACGACCAGCACUACAAAAUCACACUCCGCCUCAACAAUGAGCGGACACCAGCCCAGACAGCACGCGGCGGAGGACGUCGCCGCAACUACAAUCCCACCCCACGCUCGCGACAACCCCCCCCGACUCCCGCCAACAACGAAGAUGACUGGGAGGAUAUGCCGGACACUGUCGCGAAGCCAAAAAAGAAGAAACCUACCGCUGGUACUAUCAAACGUGGCCCUAAACCUCCUACGGACCCUCCGUUCUCUGGUGGCGCACAGGCACGGUAUGAAGACGGCACUCCGAUUCCAAGCCAUCUUCUCCCAUGGAACAGACUCACCAAUGAGGAAUUGGCGCGCCUGCGGAAACGCAUGAAGAAGAAUGCCGGCUGGACCCCCAGUGUCACCAUGAUCAUCCGCGAGCUUGAGUCACUAGGUAGAGGGCCAAAGCACAAGGAUAUGUUCACAGAUCAGACGGAAGGCCACCUCGGCGAGGACUUCCUAAAAAUCUAUGGGCCUGAAGACGGCGGAAUCGGGGACCCCGAAAAGAUCGCACCCGACGACGGCGAGGGCGUUCGCGAGAAUAAGGGCAUGCGUCUCAACCGUGCAAAGAAACGAAAACGAGAAGAGGAACGGAAGGAAAAGGAACGCGAAGCGGAGCGAGAGCGCCAAGAGCGCGAAGCAGAAGCAGAGAAUGUCAGAAAGGCCGAGGAGGAAGAGCGCAAGGAGAAAGAACGCCUAAUGAGAGAAGCUCGUGAGCGCGCUGCGCGCGAGGCCGCAGAACGGGAGGCCGCCGCCGCUGCAGCAGUCGAGAGAGAGCGUCUUGCCCGUGAAGCACGCGAGGAAAAGCUCCGCGAGGAAAAGGCCCGUGAGAAGGCAGCAGUCAAGGAAAAAGAACGUGCCGCCGCAAUCGUGGCUGCCAGCAGCCGCAAGAUGCGUAGCGCAUCCAUCAGCACCGGGACUACUGCUUCCACGAGUACCACUACUGCGUCUGUAGAGGCCUCCUCCACCGAGGAUGCAGACGAGGACAUGCCCGAUGUGGACGCCGACGCACCUCUACCACGGCGUCUUGGCCGCCCCCCGAAGAACCCCCCCACGUUCAAGCCUGGACAUAAGCGUGCCGCAUCGACCACCACCCCCGCCGGAGCGGACCCCAAGCGGUCCAAACGCGACCUGGCCGCGCCUGCGCCCGCGGCCGCCCCCACAACCGCGAGGAAAAAGGGCCUGAUGGGAAGGGGAACAAGGAAGAAGCCCACCACCCCCGGAGACGAGGAAGGGGCCGAGGAGGAAUGGGUGGAUGACGACGAAGAAGAUCUUAAUAGGUAUUGUCUCUGCGAUGAGGUUUCGAGAGGGACUAUGGUCGCUUGCGAGAACUCUCAGUGUCCGAAAGUCUGGUUCCAUAUCGAGUGCGUCGGCCUGAAAGAAGAAGAGGCGACCACAAAGGCAAAGUGGUUUUGUCCCCUCUGCUCUGAAAAUAGCGGAAAGCGGGGUGCUGGGAAGAGGAGAACGGGUAAGAAGGUUUGA